AUGUCUUCUGCUACAAGUUUGCAAACACUUCAAGAGUAAAAUUCUAGAACAAUUGAAACUCAUUAAAACAUAAUAAAGGCUCAACAUGCAGAGAGUACAAAGCCAUUUUAUAUGAAAUCAGUAAAUGAAUUGAAAUAGCAAUUACAAGUUGAGAAUGUUUUUAUCAAUUUCGACGAUGAUGGAUCUAAUUCACUUGAUUGCAAAGAAAUAUUUGAGAUGUUUAAUAAGUACGGGAUUAAGAUAAGUAUGAAAAAGAUCUAGGAGCUAUUCAAGAUUGUUGAUGAAGAUGGCUCUGGCAGCUUGUCUCUUGAUGAAUUCAAGCAGUUUAUGUUCUCUCAAAAAGCUAAUGAAAAAUUUCGAGAAGUUAUCAAAAGGCUAAGAGAGAAGAAAAAAGUGUCUGGGUGUGUUCCUUUCAGCUUUAAUGUAAUGCUAGAGCACUUAAGUGAGAAAGUUAAUAGACAGCAACUUCAUGAAGAAAUAGAUGACUGUGGUCUUGAUGCUAGUAAUGUAGGAGAAGCAUGUGAAAAAUUCUCAUAGCUCUUUAUAGAUUAAAAAGAGUCCUUAGAGAGAGGUAUUGUUUAGACAAUGAGCGCCAACAACAAGCUUUCUAUUGAUGUUACUAAAAUACAGAAAAUGAUUAUAUAGGAUUAAGCUAUUAACAUUACCUAAUAACAAGAAUCAUUUGAUGACGUUGAUGACUAUUAUUACAAAACAUAGCCUUUGACUUUAGAUUACAUAAAGACAGAAGGUAAACAAAUGAAACAUAAAAUGUCACUAUCAACAAUCCCCUCUGAGGAUAGCAAUACGCAGUCACUUUUGUUUAGAAAAUAAAAUGAAUAAGCCUAUCAAAAUAAAUUAAACUUAAUCAUUAAGAAAGCUAGAAUUCGUGGCUAAGAUUCUGCUGCUUAUGAGUAUCAAUAAAAAUUACUGAAAAGACAUAAAGAUAAAAAUGACAACUAUUUCAGAGUUGUUACUAAGUAUUAUAAGUCUAAAGUUAAUAGUCUAUUCCCCUAAAGUAAAAGAAAGGUUGUUAGUCAGACUAAUGUGAUUCCAUCCUCGUUUGCUCCUGAAAAAGUAGAGUAUUUCGAGAUUUAAGAGUACCAAUCUAAUUCAAAAGGAAAUUUAAAAGACCAUACUAUUCUUAAAAGACCACAAACAUCUCUCCCACCAAAAUAAAACAGAGCAAAAAUUAAUGAAGGCACUAAUUUUAACAAUUCCAAUUCAGCUAGUCAGUUUAACCAAACAAUUAGCAAUCUUAGCUCAAACAGUACUGCACUUCAACAAACUCCAAUCAUCAAGAAAACAAGAUUGAAGAUUCAAAGCUAAAAGAUCCGGGAUCUUAGUGAUGAUAUGAGGAAUUAAAUCUCGGUAGGAGGGUCUUAAUUAGGAUUUUAUGAAACAAAGCAUGUUGAUGAAGCUUAUCUUACAAAUACUAAAUUUACUAAUCCUUAUAAAACUUAGAGUUCUUUCCUCAAACCUCCUCUUUCAAAUAGUGGUCUCAACACUUAAACUAGUUCAAAAGUCACAUUAAGAAAGAUAAAAGAAGUAAGAUUGAGAGAAAAAGAGCUCUUCUCAAAAUCUUCAACCUCAUUUCAAAGUCAAAUGAAUACAACCGCAACUGCAAGUAAUUAUGGAAAUUUAAUGCUAAAAAUUAAUUAGUAGCCCUAGAAUGAGAAUGUCAAUUACAGAGACAAACUAAAGGUAAAAAAUAUAGAAAAGCUUAGCCAUUCAAGUAUUAAACUUGCAAAAUAACAUAGCAAGGAAUCUAAAGUAAACAGUAGAACCUGGAUAUUAAAUUUAUGA